GCCACCAGAGUGCUCAGUAGUCGAGGCAUUUUCCUUCAGUCGCCAUUUACAUUUGCAAGUAAAGCUGAGUGUGGAAGUAUCAUACAAGGUUAAAAUCUAAAUGAGAUAAUACAGAAGUGAACAACUGCGCUUAUUUGAACGAUAAACCGGAGAAAAAUUUACAAUUUUAUAGCCAGGAGAGCACACAGAUGAGCGAAGAGAUUCCAAAAGGAGAGAGUAAGAAGUUUACAUGAUAGGGAAGAUGAAGUGUAAAGUUCUGGGUGAAAAUUGACAUAGUCACUUGGACACUGUAUAAAACGAAGUAUUUGAAGAGAGUGAUUUUGUGUCCUCCCCGGAAACGGCAUAAGAACAAUAUUUCUUUGGAGAAUUAAUGCGUAGUCUAUAGGCAAAAUCAAGGACUUUAUUAAGUAGAUGAGAAAAGGACAGAACAGGAAGGACGCUCUACAGAAAUUGUGUCUCCCAGUAGAUGAGCAGAGUUUUAGAGAGCAUAUUUUAUAAGAGACAAGUGCUUAAAGAGACUUGAGAGAGGGGAAUAUUGAGAGAUUAACCAAAGACAAAGUGAAAAAAUUACGAAUUAAGGACAAUUUGCAAGUUUCUUUUCUAAGGUGAAAACUCAAAGUGAAUGAUAAAUUUGUGAGCAACAGAGACAAUUUGAAUUAUUAUUAAGUACACAAGAGACAAAUUGCCAAUUAAAGUGAAUCCGAAGGUGAUUUUGUGAUUUAAGAGAAAAAGGGAUUCCUUUAGUUUCGUGUGAAAAGACCAGCAACAGCAGUAGUGACCAGGAAGUUAGAUUGCGAGGGAGAGAAAAUGAUGACUGAAAACCUGAGCAUGGCAAACAAUCAUCUGAACAAUCACGGCUCUCAAAAGGGCACCUACGGCAGUGAAAAGGCAGGUGACGAUUUGGGGUGGAAGGCGAAGUUGAAAAUUCCUCCAAAAGAUAAUCGUAUUAAAACGAGUGAUGUCACAGACACACGAGGGAACGAGUUCGAGGAGUUCUGCCUUAAGCGUGAGCUGCUGAUGGGUAUUUUCGAGAAGGGAUGGGAGAAGCCUUCGCCCAUUCAGGAGGCCGCCAUACCAAUUGCUCUCGGUGGCAAGGAUAUUCUGGCGCGUGCCAAGAACGGCACCGGGAAGACAGGAGCCUACUCAAUCCCUGUGCUGGAGCAAGUGGACACCACCAAGGAGUGCAUCCAAGCACUGAUAAUUGUGCCAACGCGCGAAUUGGCCCUCCAGACAUCGCAGAUUUGCAUUGAACUGGCCAAGCACAUGGAUAUUCGUGUCAUGGUUACGACUGGUGGAACCAAUUUGAAGGAUGAUAUUAUGCGAAUUUACCAGAAAGUACAAGUGAUUAUUGCUACGCCUGGCCGUAUACUGGAUUUAAUGGACAAGGAGGUGGCAAAUAUGGCACAUUGCAAGAUGCUAGUAUUAGAUGAGGCGGACAAGCUGUUGUCGCAAGAUUUUAAGGGCAUGCUGGAUCAUGUCAUAAUGAAAUUGCCCAAGGAGCGUCAGAUAUUGCUGUUCUCUGCAACAUUCCCAGUGAGCGUGAUGAAUUUCAUGGAGAGACACCUGCGUGAGCCAUAUGAGAUCAACUUGAUGGAGGAGCUGACGCUGAAGGGUGUUACGCAGUACUAUGCAUUUGUGCAGGAGCGCCAGAAGGUGCACUGUCUGAAUACGCUCUUCUCCAAAUUGCAAAUCAAUCAGUCGAUCAUCUUUUGCAAUUCGACACAGCGCGUUGAGUUGCUGGCGAAGAAAAUAACAGAAUUGGGAUAUUGCUGCUACUAUAUACACGCAAAGAUGGCUCAGGCCCACCGUAAUCGUGUAUUUCAUGACUUCAGGCAGGGUCUGUGCAGAAAUCUGGUGUGCUCUGACCUCUUUACACGUGGUAUCGAUGUACAGGCUGUGAAUGUUGUUAUCAAUUUUGAUUUCCCCAAAAUGGCCGAAACGUAUCUCCACAGAAUUGGACGAUCUGGACGCUUUGGACAUUUAGGUAUUGCAAUCAAUCUUAUCACGUACGAUGAUCGCUACGAUCUGCAUCGCAUUGAGAAGGAGUUGGGAACGGAGAUCAAGCCGAUUCCCAAAGUGAUUGAUCCAUCUUUGUAUGUGGCCACGUCGCUGAAUGAUCCAAAUACCAGCUUAAACAACGAUGAGAACAAUGUGAGCAAGUGAACAGUGAUCAAGUCAUCUCCCCAAGUGUCUGACGAGAAAGUCGGCAUCUCUUCAACUGUUUAUAUCACGCGUGUGGCAAGUUUCCUGGGUGAAUAUGCGUGAUAGUCACUUUUAUUGGGGGUGAAAAAGGAUAAGGAACGAAAGACAAGGUUCGAAGGAAAAAAAAAGGAUACCCAGAAAGAAGAGGGAUGGAAAAGGGGAUAACAAUGAUAAAAAAAAGAAGAAAACUCUAGAAAUUUUAUUUUACAUUGCGCUAAUACUUGUGUUGAAAUAUGGAGGAUUUAUUAUACUUUUGCAUUGGAAAUUAUUAUUUUUCUGAGAGAAUUAAUACUGUAAACAGGUUAGAGUGAAAGAAAAUCGUGAAAUUGACUGCAUUCGAGGAAAAGAGAAGAAUCAAAGUAAUUUUGUCAAAGCUUUUUGCUGAAAAUUGUCACAUUGCAUACAUUUUCUUCGUAUUAGUCACAUUUCUGUGUCUUCAUUGAGGUUUGAAAUUUGAAAUGAAAAAUAUUGAAUUAUAGAUAAAUAUGGACAGUAAAAGAGAAAUUUUAGAGUCAUGUGGAGAAAACAAUAGUGAAUUUAUAGUGAAUAGAGAAAGGUGGAGAUUUUGGGAUCAUGCAGUAAAGAAGAGAAUUUGAACUUGAACUAUUUGUGAAAUACUUGUGUGACGCGAAGCUCGUGAAUGCGGAAAAAAUGUAUUUAAUGCAGAAAAAAAGCCAGAUUCAGUAAUUCUUUUUGUUCUUCGAAUGAGGAAAACAAUAUGAAAUAGAUUCACCGAUUUUUCUUCUAUGGGAACCAUCUUUUUUUUUGUAUGAAGCUAUAAAAAUUGUCAAAUAUUUACAAGUUACAUAAACAUGUGAAAUAGAGCGCUGAGCACGAUAUAUCAAUUUGAUUUUUAUCUAUACUUAGUUUGAAGUAUUUUUUGUUGCAAUUUUUUCGUUACUUUUUUGUGUGGCAGUCGGAGAAUAUGAAGAAGAAAAAAAACUCUGUCUUGGGUAAUCAUCAUAUUAAUAUCCAUCCAUAAAGAGGAGAUGAAGGGAAAACAAUUUAUGGCAGAAGAAGGGAAAAAAAUAUGAUCAGAAAUCAAAUGAGAAAAAUAUUAAGUAAAUUUUAGUGAAAUAUUGGGAAGGAUGUAAAAAUGCAGACAGUGGGAAAAAAGUGAUGGAAAAGUAGGAAAACGAAAAAACAAACUAGUGAAUGAUAUUGAGGUAAAAAAAAAUGAAAUAGAAGAGUCAAGAGAGGAAAAAAAUCUUUGUACAUUUUAAAAGUAAAGAAGAAAAUUCACACACAGACUAUAAAAUAAUAAAGUAAAUAUAUAAGACUUGUAAAUAACAAAAAAUAUACAAAAGUAAAUUUUAAGUGAAAAUAACUAUGUAAUAAGAGAUGAAAAAGUCAGCAGAUGGAAGAGAUAAUGAGGAAUAUUCCCAUGGAAAAUCAUUCUGGGCGUGAGAAGCUUUGAUGGAAGCACGACAGAAGGGAAGAGGGGAAUUUUUUUAAGAUGGCUGAAAAAUUGCAUUAAAUCAAUAAAAUUGUAGUGUAGAUUUUCUUUUCCUGUUAGCAAAAUAAGGAGGAAGGAAUUGUGAAGAAAUGUUGAGAAAGCAAAUGGAAAGAAAUUUCGCCUCUUCAGUUCUGUCGUUGCGAGACUUGACAAGGAGAUCUGUAGAGAUGUAUUCAGAAAGAGGAUAUUGAGAGAGAGAGAGCGAGAGGGAGAGAGAGAGAGAGAUGGUGUGGGAAUAGACAGAGUGCAGAGAAAGGAAUCACACGUGUAAAACAAAGCAAAAUAACAACCAGAUUUACAUUGCCAAGAAGUAUGAAGAGAAUGAAUGGAAGAAAAGAAUGUGAGAGAGCGUUUGUAUAACUAUUAGGUUUACCUUUAUAUUUCAUUGUAUCUCCCCUAUUCACUUCUUUUUCUUUGCGUUUAUCCACCCUGUUUCUUUUUCUUUUGUACAUUAUAUUCUUCCUUAAAGACCUCGUACUUUGUUUUUAAGGUAUAAAUGUAAUAUUUGUAAUUCCUAUAAUUUAAUCAAUGCUCGAUUGUCACAGUAUAACGAAUUAUGAUAUGAAGAAAAAAUCAAAUAUCAGUUUAUCCUCUAUACCUACCAAGUAUACAUAUAAUUGUACAAUUUAUUGAAGAGUUCAGAACGAGAAAAGACGUAAAAUCAUGCAAAUGUUAAAAAAUACAGAGAAAACAAAAUGGCAAAUGUAAGAGCAAAAGAUGAAAUUCGUGAAAAGAAAUUAUAGGAGAAUUUUUGGUCUCUUUCUGCGAGACUUUUAAACGCCUUCUUUCCGUGUGUAUGAAUGGGAAUGAGAAGAGAGAGAGAGAAUCAAUAUCCUUUUUUCUUAUUAAAAAAAAGAAAAACAAAGUAUAUAAUUAUAAAUUGAAGAGGAGACAUUUAUAUGUGGGUCAAUGAUGUGUAAAUUCUUCUAUUAUGAUAAAAUUUAAGACGUCAAGGGGUAAAAAGUAGAAGAAUUUCUUUUUUAGUUGAUGUUUAUUUGUGAGAGAAAUAAUAUGAAGUCGUGAGAGGAGUUCAACAAAAUGUAUGAUUUAGAGAAAGAGAGAGAGAUCUUUGUGAGUGAAAUUUUGGGGGUUCAGAGUAAAAUUGAAUGUGUGCGAGAAUGUGCUAUAUUUUGUAUGAUGGGAGAGAAAUUUUGAGUUAGUGGGU